AUGGAGUCGACUGUUGAUGAGCGGACGAAGCUCGCCUACCAAAAUCGAUGGAGGACUCUCGCCAAGAAUCCCAAGCUCAUCGUCAUCGCCCUCUUCGCCUCCUUCGGCGGUUUUGAGUAUGGCUACCAACAAGGUGUCCUAGGCCAGUCCCUGGUGAUGCAUCGCUUCAAGGACAACUUCCCCUCUAUCGUCAAUUCAUCCUCAGCUACUGGCUGGCUUACCUCGAUCCUUCAGCUCGGUGGCAUUUUGGGCUCGUUAUCCGCUGGUGUCUUUGGUGAAGUCUACUCACGAAAGUACACUAUGUUUAUGGCCUGCUGCUGGGUAAUUCUUGGUAGCUAUCUGUAUAUCGGAGGAACAAAGGAUAAUGCCUCCAUGCUCUAUGCUGGUCGUUUCUUCACUGGUAUUGGAGUUGGCACUUUCAGUGGUGUUGGUCCACUAUACAACGCCGAACUAUCCUCUCCCGAACUCCGUGGCUUCCUCGUCUCCUUCUACCAAUUCUGCACCAUCCUCGGUAUCAUGCUCUCAUUCUGGAUCGGAUACGGCAGCAACUACAUCGGAGGCACAGGAGAAGGCCAAAGCAACCUCGCAUGGAUGCUCCCGUCCAUCAUCCAAGGAAUUCCCGCUGUUCUUCUUGCCCUAGGAAUCUGGUGGUUGCCAUUUUCUCCGCGUUGGCUAGUUAAGCAGGGUCGUGAUGAAGAGGCUCUUAAAACGCUGUCCUACCUCCGUAACCUACCCAUCGAGCACGAGCUCAUUCAGGUGGAAUACAAGGAGAUCAAGGCUGAGGCUCUCUUUGAACAGCGCGCAUUCGCCAAGAACUUCCCUAACCUGGCUGCUAAAGAGCAAGGUAGUGUCUGGAUGGCCCAGUUUGCUCAGUACUAUCAGAUCUUCCGCACCAAGGAUAACUUCAAGCGUGUUGCUACUGCUUGGCUCGUUAUGUUUUGGCAACAGUGGUCUGGUAUUGACGCCAUCAUCUACUAUGCCAGUCAAGUUUUUGAGAGUCUAGGUCUUACUGGAGGAACACAGGCUCUAUUGGCAACAGGAGUUACGGGUGUUGUGUUCUUCGUCUUUACUUUACCUGCCAUGGCGAUCAUUGACAAGGUUGGACGAAAGCCCAUGCUCUACGUGGGAUCUAUAGUCAUGCUUAUCUCCAUGGUUCUCGCUGGCAUUAUUGUCGCCAAGUUCCAGCACGAUUGGGAGACGCAUAGUGCUGCUGGUUGGGUUGCCGUGGCUUUCAUCUGGCUCUACGUCGGAGCUUUUGGAGCUACAUGGGGUCCUGUUUCUUGGACUCUCGUUGCCGAGAUUUUCCCUCUUUCUAUCCGAUCCAAGGGUUCUUCGAUUGGUGCUUCUAGUAACUGGCUAAACAACUUUGCCGUUGCUUUUUACGUGCCUCCCAUGUUUGAGACUCUUGAAUGGGGCACAUACAUCUUCUUUGCCGUUUUCUUGGCAUGUAGUAUGGUCUGGCUGCAUUUUUGUCUUCCGGAGACCAAGGGUGCUACUCUCGAAGACAUGGAUCGAGUUUUUGGAAGCCACACUGGCGAGGAGGAUGCAAAGAUGCUGGAUGAGGCGCGCCGAGAUGUUGGUCUCGGAAUUGAGCUCGAGGUUGACGCUUUGAAGGCCGAGAAGGCGUUGGUGGAGGAUGGAGAGAUUGAGACGAGGCCAUCUCACCACGAGAACGCUUAG